AUGGGACCUCCUUCACUACCCUUCACAAGCAGCAAUCUGAGUCUAUUCUCCUCACGCGCUGGCAGCAGCCAAUUUGGCAAAGUACAGUCUCGCUCGCUGCCUGCCUCGCCCAACCCGGGCCGACCAACGCGACCAAACUCCCUGUCCGCACACAGUUCGCCGGUGACGCAGGCGUCUGGCGAAUUUGGCUUGUCCUCUUCUUUCCCAUCACGCCAAACAGGCACGGCAGGCUUAGUUCUGUUUGCGUCCGUACCCGCCAGUCCUGCUACCGGCAGCUCACCGUCCAUGCCAUCAGUAUCUUAUCAGUCGGCUUUACCGCCUGCGAUCGCUGGCGACGCCGCCGCUUGCAUGCCUCCGCCCGAACCUCGAUCUCAGAGUGCGAGGCUGUCACAACCGCCAACCUCGCCCAUGCAGAGCAUGAACUCUCCCGUCAGCGACCGUGAUCUUUUCAAGGCACCUCAGAGCCCUAUGACUUCUCGAGUCCAUACCUCUCGCGCCUCCCCUUUCACUGCGCCCAAUUUCAAUGCUCAGGUCUCCGGUCCUCAUUCGAGCUAUAUGAGCGGGACGCGGGGCGAAACUGCACUGAAGAGCCCAGUGCCAGUCAGGCCGCCUCUAGAAUCAGUCAGCUCAAUUGUUGCGGAGCAUCUCGAUGAUGGAUCUAGAGCAACUCCGCCGCCUUUCCUGGGUCUGUCAACCCAUCGAGGUCCGUCAUCGAGCAGUUCGAUGUCGACUGCAUCGUUCGCGACGACGAGCUCGGCGCAGUCAUCAGAUUCCUUGCGAUCGCACUCAUCAGCGUCGACUGCUGCCACGUCCUUGUCUAGCUCGAGCAUACCUACCUUUAACGAUCUCAAGUUGGAGCAAAUGCCUUUGGACACGCCCAAUGACAGCUUGGCGCCUAUCGAGAGCCCAGAGAUCCCGCGAGCCGUCUCACCUGCGACGUCGCUAGCCAGUGCAACUUCAAAGAGUGAACCUCAAGCAUCGACUGACGCUGCCUCGCCGAGCGAUCCGCGUCGCAAGCACGCCUGUACUUUCUCAGGCUGUACAAAGGCCUUCACGACAUCUGGACAUCUCGCAAGACAUAGCCGCAUUCACACGGGCGAAAAGCGGUACGAGUGCCUCUUACCCGGCUGCGGCGCUCGCUUCUCCCGUCAGGACAACAUGCUGCAACACUAUCGCACCCAUCUGACCGGCAAAGCGAGGCGCACGUCGUCGCACAAUCGCGCGCUAGCAGCUGCUGCCAAAUCAGCUGCCCCGCCAAUGGGUCACUAUGACAUGAAUUACAGCCACAUGUCCAAUCCGAGCCUGCCGAUGCUGGAGCCGUCCAGCAAUCUGGCGCCGAUGCCUCAGUUCUAUGGAUCGACCGGACCUGAGGGGAGCUUACCGCCGCUACUCGGUCGACCCAUUCCACCCAUGUACGAUACUCCCAUGGACACACGUCAAGACGCAUUGCCACCUGUAUUCAACGACAUGGGCUACCCGACUCGUCUCAACCUACCCAGUACCUCUCACUUUGCCGUGCACCAGCUUCUUACCGAGCCAGAGCGCAAGCGAUCGCCAAUACCCGCUGCCAACUCUCCUUAUCUCGAUCAGAGCGGUUUUGGCGGUCCUUAUGGCUACAGCGCUGCUCUAAACAACCAGCAAGCUCAACAAUAUCUCCGUCAAGUCGAGCCUAUGACUUCGGCAGAUCACCUGUACGAUCGACCGCGGCAAUACUACGAUCAUCAGAAUUUGCCUCUUGUCCCGCCACCCCAUUCACAGAGCCCAGGCGAAUUUUCGCGAACGACAGAUCCGAUGCGGUACGCUUACGAUCCUAGACACCAACAAGGGCAAGGGCUCGGCGGUGCGAUCCGAUGA